UAAAGCGGUAGCCCGCUGGCGCUGAUCAGCAACAAGUUCCCCAGCGGUCUUCCCGCCCUAGCCUGACAAGGCGAAGGUUUUCUUACCUGGCGACAGGGAAAAUCUCCCGAGUCGAGCUCAGCUUUGCCAGAGCCCCAGGUGUGACCCCCGUGCAGUGGGCAAGGGAGCGGUGUGCAGGCUGGGUUAUUUUUGUGAGGGUACCCCGAAACUCUCACUUUUCUCUGGGAACUUUCUGUGCCUGGACCCAGUGACGGGCGGUGGAGGAAGCAGCCCUACGAGCAACCUGCUGUACAGCAGGGCACUUAGACAGUCAUUGGAAACCUCGCUCAUUCAUUAGAAUCACGUAAGAACUAAAGAGGAAACGUGUCUCUCACGGAGUGAGGGCGUUUGCGUAAAUCUAUAGGUUUUUCAACAUCGGUUCCAGUUGCUUUGUCUUCUGUAGUCGCCAAGGUGGUUGAGAGUUUAAGCUUGCGGAUAUUGCAAAGGGUUAUUAGAUUCAUAAGUCACACCAAGUGGUGGGCGAUCCACUGAGCAAAGCCGAACUUCUCACAUGAUGACUUCAAACAAGACACAUUACCUUCCAGCAUCUGUUGGGGAGACGAGAUUUUAAGACACUUGAGUCUCCAGGACAGCAAAGGCACAAUGUUCCACCAGGUGAGAAGAGUGAUGACCAUCCUUUUCCUUACUAUGGUUAUUUCAUACUUCGGUUGCAUGAAGGCUGCCCCCAUGAAAGAAGCCAACGUCCGAGGACAAGGCAGCUUGGCGUACCCGGCUGUGCGGACCCAUGGGACUCUGGAGAGCAUGAAUGGGCCCAAAACAGGUUCAAGAGGCGUGACAUCAUUGGCUGACACUUUUGAACAUGUGAUUGAAGAGCUGCUGGACGAGGACCAGAAAGUUCGACCCAAUGAAGAAAGCAAUAAGGACGCGGACUUGUACUCUUCCAGGGUGAUGCUUAGUAGUCAAGUGCCUUUGGAGCCUCCUCUUCUGUUUCUGCUGGAGGAAUACAAAAAUUAUCUCGAUGCUGCAAACAUGUCCAUGAGGGUCCGCCGCCACUCUGACCCUGCUCGUCGUGGGGAGCUGAGCGUGUGUGACAGUAUCAGUGAGUGGGUGACAGCGGCAGACAAAAAGACUGCAGUGGACAUGUCAGGUGGGACCGUCACAGUCCUUGAGAAGGUCCCUGUAUCGAAAGGCCAACUGAAGCAGUACUUCUACGAGACCAAAUGCAAUCCCAUGGGUUACACGAAAGAAGGCUGCAGAGGCAUAGACAAAAGGCAUUGGAACUCCCAGUGCCGAACUACCCAAUCGUACGUGCGGGCCCUUACCAUGGAUAGCAAAAAGCGAAUUGGCUGGCGAUUCAUAAGGAUAGACACUUCUUGUGUAUGUACAUUGACCAUUAAAAGGGGAAGAUAGUGGAUUUAUGUUGUAUAGAUUAUAUUGAGACAAAAAUUAUCUAUUUGUAUAUAUACAUAACAGGGUAAAUUAUUCAGUUAAGAAAAAGAUAAUUUUAUGAACUGCAUGUAUAAAUGAAGUUUAUACAGUACCGUGGUUCUACAAUCUAUUUAUUGGACAUAUCCAUGACCAGAAGGGAAACAGUCAUUUGCGCACAACUUUAAAAAGUCUGCAUUACAUUCCUUGAUAAUGUUGUGGUUUGUUGCCAUUGCCAAGAAUUGAAAACAUAAAAAGUUUAAAAAAAUAAUAAAUUGCAUGCUGCUUUAAUUGUGAAUUGAUAAUAAACUGUCCUCUUUCAGAAAACAGACAAAAAUAACAAUAACAAAAAUUUGAACCAAAACAUUCCGUUUACAUUUUAGACAGUAAGUAUCUUCGUUCUUGUUAGUAUUCUAUCUGUUUUACUGCUUUUAACUUCUGAUAGCGUUGGAAUUAAAACAAUGUCAAGGUGCUGUUGUCAUUGCUUUUCUGGCUUAGGGGCUGGGGGGAUGGGAUGGGGUAAGUUUUUGUUUGUUUUGUGCUUUAUUUUUGUUUAUUUGUUUUGUUUUUUAGUUCCCACAGGGAGUAGGGAUGGAGAAAGAAUCCCUUCAGUAUAUAUUCUGAUUGAUGAAAGAUACAUUUGUAUGUUGUAAACAUGUUCACAGUAUCAAUCAGAUGACUGGAAAGUGAAUAAAAGCUAAGGCAAAUGAAUGAAAUGUUCACAUUAACUACAUGAUGCAUCUCUCAGGCCCCUGCUCACUCUUUGUGCAUUGGUUGGAGGGGAACGGGAGAGAUUCUUUCCUUGGAAAGACCUGCAUUUGCUCAGAGCACAUUCUUUCCUUCCCUCCCCCUUUGGUCCCUUCUUUGUUUUGUUUUAACUUAAGUGGGGGGAGGGUUUGAAACUCAGUUGCGCGCUCUGAAAUAUUUCACCACUGCUGUGAAUAACUCAACAAAUUGUGUCCCAUCAUGGCACUCUUAUAAGCAUGGAGAACAGUGAUUUUUUUUUUCCCCUGCCUUUUUUUUUUUUAAAGAAGAGAAAACAACAACAAACAGAAGCAAAAAAUUGUUUCCUUUUUAGAAGUGAAUAUUUGCAUAAGUCAUUCUAACACUUUUAAAAAAAUCAGGGGAAGGCUGGAAAAUGUGCUGCAAGUGAAAGUAGGAAUUCUGAAUGAAUCCAGCAAACCUAGGUCAGAGCAGGAAUCCAUAUUGCGAGUGAAAUGAGACUAAGCAGCUAGAUGAAGGUUAUGUGGAGCUGACAUCAUUCUUGGCAAUGCAGGAGGAAUUUCUGAGUAGCCCUCACAAGGGCUAGGUGGAGGUGGGGAAUGGUACUUGAGACAUUCCAAAACGAAGGCCUCUGAAGAACCCUUUCAAGGACACUCUGGAAUGACAUGAGUCAAAUUGCUUGGACCUCAUGCUUUAAGUGCCUACAUUAUCUAACUGUGCUCAAGAGGUUCUCAGCUGGAGGACCACACUCAAACCAACUUAUGCCCUCCAUUCUACUCCUGGAUAAAUGUGCAUAAAGUUGGAUUAGCCUGGAACAGUUCUGGAGUCCAAUGUGGCAUUUGUGACCACGCGAUUCAUGCAAUGAAAUAGAAGAUGCUUGCUACAUGAACACUUAAUUGCAUUGAAAUUAGGUUUGAGGUAACCAGGGUUUUAUCUCUUGAGAAAAAAAAUGAAAGGAACAGAAAAAGGCCCCAAAACUCAAGCCAAGUGACCAAGGCUAUUGAUAGAAAUCUUGUUCAGAGGCAAGACUCUGGGAAGAUGCCUUGUUCCAUAGAAGAGGCUGGGACACAGCUGGCAAAAUCUUGCUUCCCAGUGUAGGCCACAGCAACCUCCUGCCCAUCCUGUCUGUUUAUUAAGAGGGCCCCUGCCUCACCUCUGCUAUUUUGGGUUAGGAGAAAUCAAACUAGAAACCUGGAAUUAGUGGUCCUGAGAUAAAAUGGACCAUAAUGAAAAUCAGUGCUCAUCCCAUUAACCUAUUCAGCCUGCUUUAAUACCUGAAAAUGCUGGUGGUUACUAUCUGGACUGGUGUCCUUGAGGGUCACAAACAGCUGCCAGCAAAUGUUGUUGCAUGUGCACAUGGUGAGGGAUAAGUAUAUGUUCCAGGGAAUAAAGAUACCACCAGCAAAUAAUUUCUGCUUGUUCCAUUUUUCAUUUACAACUGGCCUAUCUUUUACAGUGUCAUCUGAACACUUGUCUUUAAAACAAGGAAGACUUUAUGUAGUAUAGGUUUGUUAUGUGACAUUGGGAAAUAUUAUCUUUGUAAUUAUUUUUAGCCUGUAAGGAAUGCUUGGAAUAUCUGCUGUAUGUUAACUUUUUGCAGCUUCCUUUGGAAGGGCAAAAUUUUUCAAAACAAAGUCCCUAUAGCAAUCUUAGAGUAUUGCAAGGGCCAGCUAUGUUAAGCGGUUUCAUAGGAGACGUUUAGCGAUUGUGUGGUAAGUGGCUCUCUCUUACCCAGUGAGAUACCGCACAGUCACAUGCUUGGUGAUUUAUGUUGAUCUAAGAUUUAUUUUGUUAAAACUUCUCUCUGUUGCUCUUUGUUCUUGUUCUGUUUUGUUUGUUCUGUUUUUUUUUAAAGUCUUGCUGUGGUCUCUUUGUGGCAGAAGUGUUUCAUGCAUGGCAGCAGGCCUGUUGCUUUUUUAUGGUGAUAUCCAUUGAAAAUGUAAGUAAUUGUCUGUGGCCUUGUUCUCUCUAUGGUAAAGAUAUUAUUCACCAUGUAAAACAACAACAAAAAAGAUAUUUAUUGUAUUUUAGUAUAUUUAUAUAAUUAUGUUAUUGAAAAAAAUUGGCAUUAAAACUUAACCGCAUCAGAAGCCUAUGUAAAUACAACUCUAUUUAAGUGUACUAAUUAACAUAUAUGUUUUAAAUAUAGAAUUUUUAAUGUUUUUAAAUAUAUUUUCAAAGUACAUAAAA